ACUUCCGUCGUCUUGCGGGGGCGCUCGUACGUUGCUUUCUUUAACAAAAUGCCUUCCGUCGAAGUCAAGCAGGAAAACAUGGCUUCUGAGAACGCCGAUCCCUUCCAAAAGGCUAUGACAUAUCUUAAAUUCAAGAUCAAGAAUAUGGAGCAGCGUAAAAAAAACCUGACGGCCAUAAAGGAGAAGCUGGACGCUGGCCUGGAGAAGCAGCUGGAGGUGGAGCAGGUGCAGGCGGCCGCCAAGCUGCCCGAGGUGGCCGGCAACAUCACCUUCCUGGAGCAGACGCUGGCGCGCCUGCAGACCCACCACGACGAGCACGCCAAGCUCGACCGGCAGCGCAAACAGGCCGCCAAACAGGAGCGGCUGCAGCACGACCUGGAGCGCGUGCGGCGCAUCCUGAUGCUCCAGGACACACUGAUGGGCAUCGAUGACCGUGUGCGAGAGGACCUGCUGGCGGGCGCGCGCGGCGCCCCGCAGCUGAGCGACGCGGCGCUGCAGCAGAUCGACACCAUCUUCAAGCUGGUCACCCCCAGCCGCGAGGACACGGACGUGCCGUUCAAGGACCAGCUGUCCACGGCUGCCGAGCACCUGCUCAGGCUGGCCGACCGGUCGCAAAAGAAAAUAUCCGGCACCACCUACGAGGCGCUGGCCAAGACACUGGAGGCCGUGUUCGAGAGCGGCGUGCUGAGCGAACCGGAGCCGGAGGCCGAGCCGGAGCCGGAGCCGGAGCCAGAGCCGGAGCCGGAGAACGGGCUGCAGCCGGAGGGCGCGGCGCCGGCCGUCCCCGAGGCGGCGGCCGCUGAGCCGCCGGAGCCGGCCGCCGCCGAGCCGCCGGCCGGGCAGGUGGCGCUGGCGCCGGGCCCGGCGCCCGGCUCGGCCGGCGACUCGCCGCCCUACCCGCAGGAGGUGCUGCUGCACCCUGCCGCCGCCGCGCCGCCGGCCGGCCUGGUGCCCGUGCCGAUGCCGGUGCCGGUGGCGGCGCCGGCGCCACCACCGCAGCCCAGCAUCAACUUCCUGCAGGAAUCUGAGCUGCUGCGGCCGGCCGAGCCGGCAGCCGUGGAGCCGGCCGCCGUGCGCUUCCCGGCGGCCGAGUACCACGCCAUCCCGUCGCAGACGUUCACCAACACCAACUUCGCCGGCCUGCCGGCGGCGGCAGCACUCUCCGAGCUGGCCGCCGCCAACGCCGUGUACGCCGGCGCAGUGGUGGACACCACGCCCAACCCGCCGCCGCCCAUCCCGCUGCCGAACCACGAGCCGGCGGCGCCACCUGGGGCGACGGCGAGCGCGACACCGAGAUCGGCCAGUGGGACGGCGGCGCCUCGCAGACCUGGGACAACGGCAAAACGGACACCUGGGAGAACGGCGGCGACAGCCACUGGGGCGGAGCAGACGGUCGGCGAGGCGGCUACCGGGGCGGCCGCGGAGGCGCCAGGAGUCGCGGACCCUCCAACGGCUUCGGCGCCCGCGGCCGGGGCGGCUACGACCGUCCUCCGCGCUCCAGCCGAGGCGGCUACGGCGAGCAGAGACGCGCAGAGCGGGCGGGCCCGAGCCGCGGCGGCCCGGCCGGCGCCGAGCGGCCCUACCGCGCCGGCCGUGGCGGCCCGGCCGGCGGCGCGCGCGGGGCGCCGCGCGGGGCUCGCGGCGGCCCGGCGCGGCCGCAGUAGCGCGGCGCCCACUGUGCGGUGUUGCGAUAUACGGACCAGAGAGCCGCCGGCGCCGGCGGAGAGCGCCGCCGCCCGGCACCGGCCGACGCGCAGCCAACUUGUACUCCUCAUUCGGUUUCAUGUCUUUAUUUGUCUUUCACAUCUGCUGGCUAGCCAAGCGUGCCGCCUUUGUACCGAUUUAGGGCGGCUGUGUCCGGCGCGGCGCCGACUCCGCCGGCCGGCCGGCUCAGCAUUCCCGGCGGCGCGCCGGUCGCCUGGCCCGACCCGGCCGGCCGCCCGGCACCUGUACCAGGGCAUUGGCUGCGGACCGGCCCACGAUGGGCCGCUGCCGCAUCUCCGUCUCCGGCGCCCGGCCCCGUGGGUGCCGCCCCAGACAUACCACGAGCGUUUGUGGUAAUAUUGACAGUUGUGUGAGACUCGUAAGAAAAUAAAUACCUUUACUGAG